UGGCGCGUGAAAGCUGCGAGGGGGCGGAGUUGGAAGCGCGCACUGGGAGCGCACAGGACGAACUGCCCUCCGGAGCUUUGUUGAUAUUGGCAGUUCAGACCUUUCGCAGUAGGUUAUGGCAAAAGCUUUCAGAAAGACAAGAAGAAGAAGACGAGAGGACCACACGAAUCACUUGAAAGAAACUAUGCAUUAAUGUGCGUGGAGCGUUCAAGUGACAUGUUUUUUACGCAGUGAAUGUGCUGAGCUCCAAAUCAGGUUGAACCUGCCACAAUGUCUCAUGCACAAGUAGAGAUACCAGGACGCGGGUUCCCGGGGCUCUCCGCGGAUAUGACCGACGACUGUUUGUCCCGAGUCCCAUCCGUGCUGAGGACGCACGGGCUGGGCGCACGGAGGAACUCCUACGGCCUGCAGAAAAUUAGUAUGGACAUUGAUUCUCCCCUAUACAGCGGUGUACUUUCCAAAGCCUUAUCGUGGUCGGCAGAAAAUAUUCUCUCUCUGCCCGAGUCCAGAGCAGAGGAAGAAAAAACAGACGACACCCCGCCGUCCGCCUCUCCGGUUUCCAGCUCCAGCACGUGCCGCCAGGACCCCGACGCCGGGUCCGUCGGUGACAACUGGAAACCUGUUGCCAGAUCCACUCCUCAAGAUCCCAGCUCGGACUCUGAAAACGAACUUCAUAAUAAACAGCAAAAGAUUCUGUCUCGCAUCACGUUUGACACUCAGUGGGAGCAGGAAGAAAAGGAGGACGUGGAGACUAAAGCGGUGGCAACAUCUCCUGAUGGAAGAUAUCUCAAAUUCAACAUAGAGAUUGGAAGGGGGUCUUUCAAGACGGUCUAUAAAGGGCUGGACACAGAGACUACAGUGGAGGUGGCAUGGUGUGAGCUACAGGUAGGAUGCACACUGGGUCUGUUCACAGCAUAUUCCCAUCUAUACAACUUCACACAAACGAUGCAUUGGUUUCCAGGACUUUUAAAUCUACCUUUCCUAAAAUGA